AUGCCUCUCCCUUACGGCGUCUACCGCGCCGACCACGUCGGAUCCUUCCUGCGCCCCAAGGCCGUCCUCGACGCGCGCCAGAAGGUCGCAGAAGGCUCUCUCUCCGCCUCCGAGCUCCGCAAGAUCGAAGACGAGGCUGUUUCCAAGGUCGCGCAGCAGCAGAUUGAGAAUGGCCUCCGCUCCGUCACAGACGGCGAGUUCCGCCGCGCCUACUUCCACCUCGACUUCCUCAAGCACCUAGCGGGUAUCGAGGAGAAGGGCCAGGUCGGCAACAUCAGGCACAAGGAUGGCUUCAGCCCGCCAACUCUUGUUGUAAAGGGCAAGCUGGGCCACCCCGAGGCGAUCCAGGUCGACGACUUCAACUUCCUCGAACAGGCAAUCAAGCAGAACGGCGGCGCUGCAACAACGAAGGUGUGCAUCCCCUCGCCCACAAUGGUGCACUUCCGCGGUGGACGCGCCAGCAUCGACAUCUCCGCAUACCCGGACCUUGAUGUCUUCUUCGAGGACCUCGCCCGCGUCUACCAGGAAGAGCUAGACUCUCUGUACAAGGCUGGGUGUCGCUUUGUCCAGCUCGAUGACACCAACCUCGCGUACCUGUGCGACCCGGACAUGCGCAAAGCCGCCGAGACAGAGCGCAACGAGGACCUAUCCGUGCUGCCGAAGAAAUACGCCGAGCUGAUCAACAAGGCCAUCAGCAAGAGGCCGAGCGACAUGAAGAUCGGUAUCCAUCUCUGCAGGGGCAACUACCGCUCCAAGUGGUUCGCGAGCGGCGGCUACGAGCCCGUCGCCGAAGUCCUUUUCAAGGAGCUCAACGUCGACGCCUACUUCCUCGAAUACGACGAUGCACGCAGCGGCGACUUCAGCCCCCUGAGGCACCUGCCCGAGCACAAGGUCGUUGUGCUGGGCGUGAUGAGCUCCAAGAAGAACGAGCUCGACGACAAGGAGGACAUCAUCAAGAGGCUCAAGGAGGCGGCGUCUAUCGCGCCCAAGGGCCUCGACCAGCUGUGCUUGUCCCACCAGUGCGGAUUCAGUUCGACCGCCGAGGGCAACGAGCUGACCGAGGAGGAGCAGUGGGCCAAGGUCAGGCUGGAAGUCGAGAUUGCCAAGCAGGUCUGGGGCGAUGACUUGAGCCAGUAG